UAUCCAACACCUUUAGAGAAACAUGUUACAGCUGUCAAAACGGUGGAAGAACAAUCGGACCCAGAAACAGGAAUUGUGUACAGGCGGAGGAUUGCAACAUGCAAUAAUGUUGUUCCAUCGUUUCUACAAAAGUGGGGUAUCUUAAAAGUGGCAAAUAUAUACAUGGAAGAAGAGUCGUGGCUGGAUAUGAAAUCAAGAGUGAUGACUCUAAAGAGCCGCUGCUUAACAUGGGCCCAGUAUGCAUCUAUGAAUGAGGAGUCUGUGUACAGGGAAUGUGAAGAGAAUCCCAACUGGUAA